AUGAAAAUAAAAAAAAUAAAAAAAAGUGGUUUAAGACACGGUUUUGUGCACAAACAGUUCUUUCUUUCCCAUGUUACAUAAAUAAAUAUUAAGGGAGAGAAAGUUAAGAGAGAGAAAGAGAGAGAGAGAGAGGAGCUGCCACUAAGUAGGAGAGAGAUGAAGAAAAUUUGCCUAGAAUGGUGGAUGGAUUAGUAGACGUAAGAAAGGUCAGAGAACUCAAAACCUCACCCAUGAAAUUCAGAAAAGCCUCUCUCAAAAACCCCACUUGGCCACAAAAACAUAAAACAAUAAAGAAAGAAAGCUUGAGGAGAAGAGAGAGAGAGAACACAACAAUGUCAGAGGUUGUAGUUUAAAAAUCUCAUUUUUUUUGUUAUUUUUAAUUUUUUUUCCCAUCUUAGAUCUCAUCUGACAACAAUCUGAAGAUCUUCUGCCAAAAAACUCCAAGCCCUUCUCUUAUCCUUUGCUCCCCUUUGAUCACUCUGAUCUUGGACCAACUCUGGCAUUCAAGAAAUGUGUAUGUGCUUUUACAGCUAAGUUUGUUUUCUGAAAGAUUGGCACACAUGGAAGGGCCAAACAUAUGCAACCCAGAUUCAAGCACAAGUUAAAACAAGACCUGAUUCAUAUUCCAUUGAUUGCUGCUGCGGCUUCUGGGUCAUUUGGGAUAAUGAGUGUUGAACUUACUACUACUCUUAUUUGUUCUGAAGUUUUUGCUUGAAAAUGAUUAAACCUUGUUGGAAACCGUCUGUUGAGGGUGAUGGACCUCGUCGUAGAGGAGGAGGGGGUGAUGGGUCCGGUCGGGUUGAUGGUUUGAUGUGGUAUAAGGAUCUGGGUCACCAUGCUUAUGGAGUUUUUUCAAUGGCUGUGAUUCAAGCCAAUGCUACUUUGGAAGAUCAAAGCCAACUUGAAUCUGGGUCACUGAGUUCCACAACUUCUGGUCCUCAUGGGACCUUUGUUGGUGUAUAUGAUGGUCAUGGAGGACCUGAGGCUUCAAGAUUUGUCAAUGAGAACCUUUUCUCCAAUCUUAAGAGAGUUGUAGCUGAGCAUCAAGGCGUAACGGAACAUGUUAUCAAGAAGGCUUUCUUGGCCACAGAAGAGAGUUUUCUUUCUCAUGUUGAGAGACAGUGGCAUAGCAGACCGCAAAUUGCUUCUGCUGGAACAUGUUGUUUGGUGGGAAUAAUAUGUAACGGAACGAUGUACAUUGCAAACGUUGGAGAUUCCCGGGCUGUUUUAGGGAAAGAAGAAAGGGCAACUCAUGAAGUCAGAGCUGUUCAGUUAUCUUCAGAGCACAAUGCAAGUAUUCCAUCAGUGAGAGAGGAACUUCAAGCAAUGCACCCUUAUGAUCCACAGAUUGUGGUGUUAAAACAUAAAGUUUGGCGUGUUAAGGGCCUUAUUCAGGUUUCAAGAUCUAUUGGUGAUGCUUAUCUAAAGAGAACAGAAUUCAACAGAGAGCCUCUACUACAAAAAUUCAGACUUCCUGAACCUUUCUUCAAGCCAAUCCUUAGUGCAGAACCAUCAAUAACAGUUCAAAAACUCAGCCGCCAAGAUAAAUUUCUCAUCUUUGCUUCAGACGGCCUAUGGGAACAUCUUAGCAACCAGGAGGCAGUUGACAUCGUCCACAACCACCCGCGUAAUGGAAUUGCCAGGAGGCUUGUUAAAUCUGCGCUCGAAGAAGCAGCUAAGAAGCGAGAGCUGAGAUACUCAGACCUGAAAAAAAUUGACCGGGGAGUGAGACGCCAUUUUCACGAUGAUAUUACAGUUGUAGUUGUGUUUAUAGAUCCACAUUCGAUAAGCGAGAACUUCCUACACAGCUCCCCAGUUUCUAUAAGGGGAGGAAACCCUGUUGCUCCCACUACAUGAAAAUUAUUAGAAUAAUAGAAAAUGUUUGGAAAUGUCAAGCUUCUCGUAGGGAUAGCAACACCUGAAAUCAUGCUACUAAUGAAUUGAACUUAUGGUUCAAUUGGAAAGCUCCCCAUCGCCCCAUGAUGAUUCUUCAUCUCUACUCUUGGUUGGAAAAAACUUGGCCUUGGGGCUUUAGAUAAGUUGCGCCUUCCUUCCCUUCCCUGCUGUCUCUGUAGAUAAAAUCUUUUACACUGUUAAGCUAAGAAAUGUGCCAUUUAUUUGGCAAUAGAUAAAAUCUUUCAUUAAUGUAAAACCUCAAAUGUGAAAUGUCUAGUUAAGGUUUGAAGAUUGUUCAUUUAUGGAAUAAUGUGUAAAAUUUGAAUUCCAUUCCAUUCUACUA